CUCAAGAUUUCCGCAGGUGCUGCCGCUAAGCAAGGCGUUAUACUGACCGCGGUUCUCGCCGGCGGUACGGCCACUGGCGCGGCGGCCGACACGAGCCCCGGCGGGCACGGGGGGACCGGCGCCACGUGGGCGGUGCGGAGGAACGGCCGCCUCCCGGGGCGGGGUUUUCUGCGUCGUGGCUUAAGUCGGCGCGGGGCGGCGAGCCGGCGUGCCGCCAUGCCGUUCCCGGUGUUGUGGGUUCUAGCGCUGCUGACGCCCGCCGUGGCGGCGGUGACGGAGCUGGGAGGCUGCGGACCGUGCGACGCCGCGCGGUGCCCGGCGCUGCCGCCGCGGGGCUGCCCGCUGGGCCGGGUGCGGGACGCCUGCGGGUGCUGCUGGCAGUGCGGGCGCGGCGAGGGCGAGGCGUGCGGCGGCUCCGGCUUUGGCGGCGGGCGUUGCGCCGCCGGGCUGGAGUGCGUGAAGAGCCGCAAGCGCCGUAAGGCGAAGGGCGGCCCGGGCCCCGCCGCCGCCUCCGGCCCCGCCGCCCCGGUCGGCGUGUGCGUGUGCAAGAGCCGCUACCCGGUGUGCGGCAGCGACGGGCUCACCUACGGCAGCGGCUGCCAGCUCCGCGCCGCCAGCCUGCGCGCACAGAGCCGCGGCGAGCCCGCCAUCAGCCAGCGCAGCAAGGGAGCCUGCGAGCAAGGACCCUCCAUUGUGACCCCUCCUAAGGACAUCUGGAAUGUGACAGGAGCACAGAUCUACCUGAGCUGUGAAGUCAUUGGCAUCCCAACACCUGUCCUCAUCUGGAACAAGAUCAUUCAAGGACAGUAUGGUAUCCAGAGAAUGGAGCUUCUGCCUGGCGACCGAGAAAAUCUGGCUAUUCAGACCCGAGGAGGUCCUGAGAAACAUGAAGUGACCGGCUGGGUACUGAUAUCUCCUCUGAGCAAAGAAGAUGCUGGAGAAUAUGAGUGUCAUGCAUCAAAUGCCAAAGGAGAGGCAACAGCUUCUGCAAAAAUUCAUGUUGUGGAAACUCUGCAUGAAAUAGCCCUGACAAAAGAUGAUGGUGCAGAGCUGUGAUCUGAGGACUUUCACUUAUGCACCGUUUUAAGUUAGUAUUUUGGAAAGCUGCAGCCUCAGGCUUUUUCUAGCUCACUAAUCAUUCUCUUACCUCCUUUAUUCUUCGAUUACCCAUUUGCUUGCACACUUCCUUUGCAGAUAUACAAAUAAAGAGAUUCACGAGUUCAAUUACAAAUUUUAAUUCUAUUUACAGGAAAUAAACAUACUUUUAAAGAGCAUACAGCUGAUGAGUAAGACUAUUUUAAACACAACCUACACGAAAUUAAACAAAAUCUGCAUACUUCAGUCUCACAUUUUAAAAAAACCUCUUUAAGAAGCUAAACACUCAUCAUCCGAGGUGCAAUACUCAUAGACAUCAGCUCUUGGAAGAGGAGUUUGCAGGCGUAGGGCAUUCGAACCAAAGAUAUCUGGGAAGAGAUUUCAAGAGUUGUGAGUGAUUGAUAAGCACUCCUAAAGCAUCAACUAACUACCCAGCUUGAGUCAAGUUUUUUGACUGAUUUUUGGAUGUUUGGAAGUUUUUUUGAAUGACUCUAUCAAACUGAAAGAGGGUGCAUUUAAGUUGGAUAUAAAGAAAAAAGUGUUUUUACAGUGAGGGGGGUGAGAUGAGGCAAUUGCACAAAUCUCCCAGAGUUGGUGGAAGCCCCAUUCCUGGAGACAUUAAAAGCCAGGCUUGAUGGGGCUCUGAGCAACCUGAUGUAGUUGUUCCUGUUCAAUGCAGAGGAGUUGGACUAGAUGGCCUUUAAAGGUCCCUUCCAACUCUGUGGAUUCUAUGAUUCUGAAUCAGGCAUGAGAGCAUUUAACACGGAUUGGUUAAGGACAGCAAUAAAGCAAGAGGAAAGCAGAGACAGGCUAUAGAGUCUACAAAACAGCUAUCCAGAAUUAACUUUUUCAACAGGAAAAAAAAAGGCAGCCAGGGGAUUUGAUCUUCAAUAAAAAUAAUUUAAACAGGGGCACAUUUGCACAGCAAAGCAUGCCUCCUAUGCAGUAACUACAGUUAAGAUUUCCAGCAUAUGUCCCUACAAGCAGCAGUCAGUUCCCAGCACACCAACAAACCUAUUUAAAGUGAUUCUUUUUAUCUCUGCUGCCAAUCUGCCUUGACACAGCUCUUUAGCUAUGCACACACUAUAGAACAAACACUAUAAAUAAUACUGUACGAAAAAAAGCACAUGCUAUAAAUAAUCAUGAAAAGAAGUGCUACACAAAAGACCUUCCCAUGGGAACCCCAAUCUCAGGCAUAAAGUAUCUGCAUGGGGACAACCACAGUUCUAAAUUCCAGCAAUUUGGAGUCUUACUGUUUAAUAUUCUAAAAAUAAGCUCUCCAACUGCUCACUUUUGAAAUCUCUCCACUGCAAAAUAGUUGAGCAGCAUUUCCUGCCAAGUGACGGUCCAACAGUCUAACAGGAAACAUCCGAAUCAACUAGGACACUGUAAACAAGUAAGUAGCUAUGAAGCUAAAGAAGCACUUGUUCUCAUGUUUCUUUAAACAUUUUCAUUUAAACAUAACUAACUUCUCCCUUCUGCUGUUCACGGGAGUCAUAUUUCCUCUGAGUCACUGAAUGGUGAAGCCCACACUUACCUGUGUUUUAUUUCGGCAUCCUCGGCAUUCGUACGUGUGAGUCCUUGUGUUUGCAAUUGCCAUGAUCCCACAGAGGUUACACACGUGGACUUGGUACGGGUCUGAUGCCUCAAACAACCUCUCUCUCAAGAACUGGGCUGCUCCAUGGGCAAUCUGACAAUCUCGUUCCAUUUCUCCAAAACGAAGGCCACCAUCACUAGGUACAAAAAAAAAAACAAAACAACUUGAGUUCUCUGGCACCAUACAUCAGUGCUUGUUGCUACAACAAGUAACCUGACAGAGACGGAACAGCAAUAUUCCAAGGCAGGAGUAAAUCUGGGCAUUAAUUUUCCCCCACAAAUAGAAAUGUUGUAAGUAAAUGCUAACACAACAUUGUUAACUGCUGGGGGCACAUGGCUAAGUAUUGGUAAAGCAGCUAUCAGAUACCAUACAGAUAGAGCACAACACUAUAUAGCAAAGUGAUGAAAACCAUUAAAUCAUCCUCUGCUCCUCUAUGCUGGUUUUGACACAGAGACAAUCACAUACCCAUUACUAUGAUAGGUAAGACAGACCCAACUUGGCAAUUUUUUUUUUUUUUUUUUCCAAAACAGCAAGACAACAAGAAACUAUGACAACACUGAAAACAAUUUCUUCCCUCCUAUCCCUUCUUCUCUGGCACAACAUCACUCCUUUGCUUCUGGAUUUUCUUUAUACUUCCUCCUCCUCUACAAGUAGAACACUUGGUUUCUGCUUCUCCUUCCUUCUCAGACUGUUCCAACAUGCAUCUUCCCAGCAGACCUCUGUUCUCCACUAGCUGCUGUAGCAUAGCUGCCUUCCGUGGGGCACAGUCCUUCUGGAACAGACUGCUCCAGCAGCCACAGUUCCCGACAGACUACACACUCCAGUGUGGGCUUCUCUCCACAGAAGCAGCAACUAAAGACUCCAAAGGGAAGAGUGUAUAGAAAAUAAUAAACAUCCUUACCGAGAUCUUCCUUCCAUGGGCUGUCUGUUAAGUAUCUGGAUGGGCCCUCUUGCACGAGAAUGGAUUUUGUCAUCUACCAUGUGCUUCAGCCGCUGAUAAUAUGUAGGACCAAUGAAGAUCUGUGAUGUGAUUUUUCGCCCAGUGAAGCCAUUGUAGAGGACCUAAAGCAGUCAAUGCAGUCACUGAACCAUAAGCCUUACUGUCUGCCAAACGUAUUAAAAAUACAAUGAAUUGA